GCACACACAUGUACAAAACCAACCGGUGCACGAUUUGUAUUGUAUUGGUGGACUUGACUGUGUUGUUGCUGUGAAAAAAUAAAAAAGUUGUUUGUAAAAAAUGGCUGAUCACGAUUUACCCGAGGGAUGGGAGGUACACAACAGCAAGAGUCAAGGGGGUCGCAAAUACUACCUCAACACCUUCACCAAGAAAAGCCAGUGGGAGAAACCAGACAUGAAUGACGGGUCAACAAAGGUUGUUCAGUGCUCACAUCUCCUUGUGAAACAUGAGGGUUCGAGACGCCCAUCAUCAUGGAAGCAGGAGAACAUCACACGCACAAAGGAGGAAGCCAUUGAACUGCUCAAAGGGUUCAGGGAACAAAUCGUCAGCGGUGAAGUCAGCUUUGCUAGUCUUGCUUCGAGGGAAAGCGACUGUAGCUCGGCCAAGAAAGGAGGGGAUCUCAACUUCUUCGGACCCGGUCAAAUGCAGAAGCCUUUUGAGGAUGCAUCGUUUAGCCUCAAAGUUGGGGAGAUGAGUGGUAUAGUCGACACAGAUUCUGGAGUUCAUAUUAUUAUGAGGACUGCCUAAGGCAGGCCAAAAUCUGUCUCUGUCAUCUUGUUAGUUAACCCUCCUACUGUUGGGGCCAUUCAACGCCAUCCACUGUGGUUUUGAUUGAUAGUGUAUGCCAGAUUACAAUAUGAUAUCAUGUGAUGAAUGCAUCUUCACAGUACACAGUCAACCCUCAUACUGUUUGACCAUCCAACGCCAU